GUUCAAUAAGUGAAAUAAGAAAAAUACAAAAAAAAAAUCCUCUCAGCACUAUGUUGACAUUCACAGCAAUUCUGUCCCUGAUCGCAGUGGCGUCAGCAAGCAUCUUACCGGGAGCGCCUCUAGUUGCUGCGCCUGCAGUUGCACCGUACGCUGUUGCGCCUGCAGUUGCUCCAAUUGUCACGGCAAGAAGCAGUCAAUUGGUGGCGAGAAACUACAACACUUUUGCCGCUGCCGCACCAUAUGUUGUAGCUCCAGCAGCUGGUGCAGCUUUUACAGCCCCCGGAGCUUACGUUUCGUCGCCAAUCGUGGCGCCUGGAGCUUAUGCCGCUCCUGGCGCCUAUGCUGCUCCUGCAGCAUACCUAUCGCCUGCAGUUGCACCCUACACUGCACCCAUUAUCGGCGCUCCUCUACCAGCGGCGCCAGCUUCAUAUUUCUUCCGAAGAUGAAAAUAAUUCACGGAAAGAAAAUUUUUUUUUCUGAUACAUUGUAAAUAAUGUUAAAAAAAAAGUUUCAUUUACAAAAUGAAUGCUUGUUAUAUAAACGAUAUUUUUAAAUAUAUACGAAAUUGUUUACUCUAUAA